AAGGCUUCGACCCUUCACAUCCGGGCGAUGGACGCAUUGUGAGACUGGUCCCCCUCGCUGGGGGCGCGUUUGGGAGGCGGCGACCGACUGACUGUCCCGGAGCCCCCGGGCCCGGCCCUCCCUCGCCUUCCUCGGCCCCUCCCACCCGCUGGCCCUGGAGCUGCCACCGACCGGGAGUCCGUGCUAGUCCUGCCUCGCGUCGCCGCCGCCCUCCGGGCCUAGCCCGCCCAGCCCGCGCAGCGGCGGUGGCGGCGGGGAGCUGGAGCCGCCGCCGCAUCCGUCGCAUCCGCUUCUCCUCGGUGCCGGCUCCUCGCCCUGCCCCUCAUGACUGCGGCGCCGCUGCUGCUCCAGCCCUCCCGGCCGCCGCUUGCCGCAGGAUGGAUGCGGAUCGCGAGGCGCUAACCCCGGUGGCUCAGCUCCUCGAUAGCCCGCCGACGAGCCCGCCUUGUGAGCCGAAGCAGCCGUCGCAGCAGGGCCCGGUGUCCCGCCUCGCCUUCGGGGCGACUGGUCAGUGCUGAGUGAGGAGUCGUCGGGUUUAAUCCCAGCCCGCCGGGAGCGAGAGCCGUGGGAGCGGGACCUGCAGACCUUCACCGCCCCUCGGGGUCGGCCCCUCACCCUCUCCUUCACAAAGUCGAGCCGGCUCGCCUCGCUCCCGCCGACCGACCAUGUCUGGCGGCGCCGCGGAGAAGCAGAGCGGCGCUCCCAGCUCCCUGUUCCUCUCGCCGCCUGCGCCUUCCCCCAAGAAUGGCUCCAGCUCCGAUUCCUCAGUUGGGGAGAAACUGGGCACGGCGGGGGCCGACGCUGGGACAGGUAGGACUGAGGAGUACCGGCGUCGCCGCCACACCAUGGACAAGGACAGCCGCGGGGCGGCUGCGACCACCACCACCACCGAGCACCGCUUCUUCCGCCGCAGCGUCAUCUGCGACUCCAACGCCACUGCGCUGGAGUUGCCCGGCCUCCCGCUCGCUCUCCCUCAGCCCAGCGUCGCCGCGGCGGUCCCACAGACGACUCCACCGGAGCCCCAUCGCGAGGAGACCUUGACCGCGACCGCCGCUGCCGAGGUAGCCCAGCUGCCUCCCGCUGCUGUUGCUGCCCCUAGGGAACCCGCCGCCGCGGGCCCUGCGGCCACGACUGCCCCCAGCAAUAUCAGCAAAGACCGCCAAAUUUCCCAGCCGGACCAUGUGGGGAGCAAAGAGGAGCCUCCGUCGGCGAGAAGUGGCAGCGGCGGCAGCAGCGCCAAGGAAUCGCAAGAGGAACGGAGCCAGCAGCAACAGGAUGAUAUCGAAGAGCUGGAGACCAAGGCCGUGGGAAUGUCCACUGAUGGCCGCUUUCUCAAGUUUGACAUCGAAAUUGGCAGAGGCUCCUUUAAGACGGUCUACAAAGGACUGGACACUGAAACCACUGUGGAGGUCGCCUGGUGUGAACUGCAGGAUCGAAAGUUAACGAAGUCUGAGAGACAGAGGUUUAAAGAAGAGGCUGAAAUGUUAAAGGGUCUUCAGCAUCCCAAUAUUGUUCGAUUCUAUGAUUCCUGGGAAUCCACGGUGAAAGGAAAGAAAUGCAUUGUUUUGGUGACUGAACUUAUGACAUCUGGAACACUUAAAACAUACCUGAAAAGGUUUAAGGUGAUGAAGAUCAAAGUUCUACGAAGCUGGUGCCGGCAGAUUCUUAAAGGACUUCAGUUUCUUCAUACUCGAACUCCACCUAUUAUUCACCGAGAUCUUAAGUGUGACAACAUCUUUAUCACUGGCCCUACAGGCUCCGUCAAAAUUGGAGACUUAGGUCUGGCAACUCUGAAGCGGGCUUCUUUUGCCAAGAGCGUGAUAGGUACCCCAGAGUUCAUGGCUCCUGAGAUGUAUGAAGAGAAAUAUGAUGAAUCUGUUGACGUUUAUGCCUUUGGGAUGUGCAUGCUUGAGAUGGCCACGUCUGAAUACCCUUACUCAGAGUGCCAGAAUGCUGCGCAAAUCUACCGUCGUGUGACCAGUGGGGUGAAGCCGGCCAGUUUUGACAAAGUAGCGAUUCCUGAAGUGAAGGAAAUUAUUGAAGGAUGCAUUCGGCAAAACAAAGAUGAAAGAUAUUCUAUCAAAGACCUUUUGAACCAUGCCUUCUUCCAGGAGGAAACAGGGGUGCGGGUAGAAUUAGCAGAAGAAGAUGAUGGAGAAAAGAUAGCCAUUAAAUUAUGGCUACGUAUUGAAGAUAUUAAGAAAUUAAAGGGAAAAUACAAAGACAAUGAAGCUAUUGAGUUUUCCUUUGACUUGGACAGAGAUGUGCCAGAAGAUGUUGCUCAAGAAAUGGUAGAGUCUGGGUAUGUCUGUGAAGGUGAUCACAAGACCAUGGCAAAAGCCAUCAAAGAUAGAGUGUCAUUAAUUAAGAGAAAACGAGAGCAGCGGCAGUUGGUGCGGGAGGAGCAAGAAAAGAAAAAGCAGGAAGAAAGUGUCUUACAGCAAGGAGAACAGCAACCAAGUGCUUCCCAGGCAGGAAUCAAGCAACUCCCCUCUGCUAGCACUAGCAUACCUACCGCCUCUGCCACUUCAGCUUCAGUUUCUACACAAGUAGAACCUGAAGAACCUGAGGCAGACCAACAUCAACAACUACAGUACCAACAACCUAGUAUAUCUGUGUUAUCUGAUGGGACUGUUGACAGUGGUCAGGGAUCUUCCGUCUUCACAGAAUCUCGAGUGAGCAGUCAACAGACAGUUUCAUAUGGUUCCCAACAUGAACAGGCACAUUCUACUGGAACACUCCCAGGGCACCCAGCUUCUGUUGUCCAAGCACAAUCUCAGCCCCAUGGAGUAUAUCCACCUUCAAGUAUGCCUCAGUCCAUGGUGCAUCCGUGUGGGGGGACCCCAACAUACCCAGAAUCACAGAUAUUUUUCCCAACUAUUCAUGAACGUCCAGUUUCUUUUUCACCACCUCCCACCUGUCCACCGAAGGUGGCCAUUUCCCAGCGGCGUAAGAGCACCUCCUUCCUGGAAGCCCAAACUCACCACUUCCAACCCCUGCUGAGGACUGUUGGCCACAAUCUUCUUCCACCUGGUGGCAGCCCAACUAACUGGACACCAGAGGCCGUAGUUAUGCUGGGUACUACAGCCAGUAGAAUAACUGGAGAGCCAUGUGAGAUACAGGUCAAUCCUAUGGUUGAACCACCUCAAGUUUACAGUGACUGUAGACCUGGACUAGUACUUCCAGAAGAAGCUCACUAUUUCGUUCCUCAGGAAGCAUUGUAUCUAGCUGGGGUACAGUACCAGGCCCAGGUGGCAGAACAGUAUGAGGGUAUUCCAUACAACUCACCAAUAUUGUCAAGUCCUAUGAAACAGAUACCUGAACAGAAGCCAGUACACGGGGGCCCUUCCUCAAGUUCUGUCUUUGAAUUUCCAUCUGGACAGGCUUUCUUGGUAGGACACCUUCAGAAUUUAAGAUUAGAUUCUGGAUUGAGUCCAGGAUCUCCCCUCUCUAGUAUUUCUGCACCUAUCAGUACAGAUGCUACACGUUUGAAAUUUCACCCUGUCUUUGUUCCUCAUUCUGCGCCUGCUGUGUUAACUCAUAACAAUGAGAGCAGAAGCAAUUGUGUAUUUGAAUUUCAUGUUCACGCUCCAAGCUCCUCUUCAGGAGAAGGAGGGGGAGUUUUAUCUCAGCGUGCUUACCGAACUCGACAGGUUGCAGUGGACUUGAAUCAGGAAGAACUACCUCCUCAAUCAGUUGGAUUACAUGGCCGCCUGCAGCCUGUGACUGAAGAACAGCGUAAUUAUCAUGCCCCAGAAUUGACCGUUUCUGUGGUAGAGCCUAUGGGACAGAACUGGCCAAUAGGAAGCCCAGAAUAUUCCAGUGAUUCCUCACAAAUUACUUCUUCAGACCCCAGUGAUUUUCAAUCACCUCCCCCUACAGGGGGAGCAACUGCAUCUUUUGGCUCUGACGUCUCAUUACCCUUUAUCCGUCUGCCUCAGACAGUGUUACAAGAAUCCCCACUUUUCUUCUGUUUCCCCCAAGGAACCACAUCUCAGCAGGUUUUAUCUGCCUCAUAUUCUUCAGGAGGAUCUGCACUCCAUCCACAGGCACAGGGGCAGAGCCAGGGUCAGCCAACCUCAAGUAGCGUAACAGGGAUUUCAUCUUCCCAACCCAUACAACAUACUCAGCAGCAGCAGGGAAUACAGCAGACAGCCCCCCCUCAACAGACAGUGCAGUAUUCACUUCCACAGACAUCAACCUCCAGUGAGGCCACUACUGCACAGCCAGUGAGUCAGCCUCAGGCUCCACAGGUGUUGCCUCAAGUAACAGCUGGAAAACAGGGCUUCCCACCUCGAUUGCCACCACAAUACCCAGGAGAUUCAAAUAUUGCUCCCUCUUCCAGCGUGGCUUCUGUUUGCAUUCCUUCUACAGUCUUAUCCCCUCCCAUGCCGACAGAAGCAUUAGCUACACCAGGUUACUUUCCUACAGUGGUGCAGCCUUAUAUGGAAUCAAAUCUUUUAGUUCCUGUGGGCAGUAUAGGAGGACAGGUUCAAGUGUCCCAACCAGCAGUGAGUUUAGCACAAGCCCCCACUACAUCCUCCCAGCAAGCAGCUCUGGAGAGUACUCAGGGAGUCUCUCAGGCUGCUCCUCCAGAGCCAAUUUCAGUAGCACAGCCACAGCCUACCCAGCCUACCACUUUGGUCUCUUCUAUAGACAGUGCACAUUCAGAUGUUGCGUCAGGUAUGAGUGAUGGCAAUGAGAAUGUCCCAUCAUCCAGUGGAAGGCAUGAAGGGAGAACUACAAAACGGCAUUAUCGAAAAUCUGUAAGAAGUCGUUCUCGUCAUGAAAAGACUUCGCGCCCAAAAUUGAGAAUUUUGAAUGUUUCAAAUAAAGGAGAUCGGGUAGUAGAAUGUCAAUUAGAGACUCACAAUCGGAAAAUGGUUACAUUCAAAUUUGAUUUAGAUGGUGACAACCCCGAGGAGAUAGCAACUAUUAUGGUGAACAAUGACUUUAUUCUAGCAAUAGAGAGAGAGUCUUUCGUGGAUCAAGUGCGGGAAAUUAUUGAAAAAGCUGAUGAAAUGCUCAGUGAGGAUGUCAGUGUGGAACCAGAGGGUGACCAGGGAUUGGAGAGUCUACAGGAAAAGGAUGACUAUGGCUUUUCAGGUUCUCAGAAAUUGGAAGGCGAGUUCAAACAACCACUUCCUGCAUCUUCCAUGCCACAACAAAUAGGAAUUCCUGCCAGUUCUUUAACUCAAGUUGUUCAUUCUGCUGGAAGACGGUUUAUAGUGAGUCCUGUGCCAGAAAGUCGAUUACGAGAAUCAAAUGUUUUCACCAGUGAAAUAUCAGAUACGGUUGCCGCCUCUACGUCUCAUGGUGCUGGAAUGAACUUGUCUCACUCUGCUUCAUCCCUUAGUCUACAGAAGGCCUUUUCUGAACUUAAAAAUACCCAGAUGACAGAAGGACCCAGUACAGCACCUCCCAACUUUAGUCAUUCAGGACCAACCUUCCCAGUAGUACCUCCUUCCAUGGGUAGCACUGCUGGAGUCUCAACCACAGCAGGAGCCACAACUUCAGGAUCAGUCCCUGUAACUAGCUGCCCUCCUAAUGACAUUUCCACAUCAGUAAUUCAGUCUGAGAUUACAGUGCCCACUGAAAAAGGGAUUGCCACCUACACAAGUGUAACUUCAAGUGAUCUCCCUGUACCACCUGUGUCUGAAGAAUCACCAGUACUUUCCAGCGUGGUUUCAGGCAUCACAGUACCUACAGUUGUCUCAACAUCAGCAACAUCCCAGUCAGUUCAGGCUUCCACAUCUGGGAGCAUUGUUUCUAGUAUAGGCACUUCCCCCUCUAUAACAGUUUCAACAACUUCAGCCUCUGCAGUGGGCAGUCCUGCUGCCCCAGGGGCUAAGCUUCCACCUGUAUUAUCUCAGCAGUCAGCAGGCAGUACUACAGGGGCAGCUGCAUUAACCUCAGUUUCUACCACUACUCCAUUCCCAAGCAUAGCUUCACAGCCAUCUGUUCAGCUUAGCAGCAGCACCUCCGCUCCUACUCUAGCUGAAACAGUGGUGGUUAGUGCACACUCACUUGAUAAAACAUCUCAUAGCAGUACAACUGGAUUGGCUUUGUCCCUCUCUGCAUCAUCUUCCUCUUCCUCUGGAGCAGGAAUAUCUACCAUUUCUCAACCUGGUGGGGUACAUCCUUUGGUCACAGCUCCCUCAGCUGUAGCUUCUAUUCCUGUCCUUCCCCAAGCAGCAGGACCUACUUCUGCACCUUUAUUACCCCAAGUACCUACUAUCCCACCCUUGGUACAGUCUGUUGCCAGUGUGCCUGCUGUACAGCAGACACUAAUUCAUAGUCAUCCUCAACCAGCUUUGCUUCCCAACCAGCCUCAUACACACUGUCCUGAAAUAGAUGCUGAUACACAGCCCAAAGCUCCUGGGAUUGAUGACAUAAAGACUCUAGAGGAAAAGCUGCGGUCUCUCUUUAGUGAACACAGCUCUUCUGGAACUCAACAUGCCUCUGUCUCACUGGACACAUCACUAGUAGUAGAGACCAAUGUCACGCCAGGCAUCCCAACCACUGCUGUUGCACCCAGCAAACUCAUGACUUCAACUACAAGUACUUGCUUACCACCAACCAGUUUGCCAUUAGGAACAACUAGUUUGCCAGUCAUACCAGUGGUCACACCUGGGCAAGUUUCUGCUCCAGUCAGCUAUGUUUCAGCCUCGGUCAGCACUACACCAGGAGUGAAACCUGGAACUGCUCCAUCAAAACCACCUUUAACGAAGGCUCCAGUGCUGCCAGUGGGUACGGAUCUUCUAGCUGGUAUUCCAUCCAGUGAGCAGCUGCCACCUCUUCCAGGACCUUCACUAACUCAGCAACCUCUGGAAGAUCUUGAUGCUCAAUUGAGAAGAGCACUUAGUCCAGAGACUACUGCGGUGACAUCUACAGCUGGUCCUGUGUCCGUGGCGGCUCCAACAUCAGUUACAGAAGCAGGAGCACGGCCUCAGAACGAUGUGUCGCAAGUCAAAGCAACUAGUUCGGGAACUGGUGUUUUUAAGAUGGGGCGAUUUCAGGUUUCAGUUGCAAUGGAUGAUACCCAGAAAGAGGGUAAAAAUAAGUCAGAAGAUGCAAAGUCUGUUCAUUUUGAAUCCAGCACUUCAGAGUCCUCAGUGCUGUCAAGUAGUAGUCCAGAGAGUACCCUGGUGAAGCCAGGACCUAAUGGGAUGGCCAUCCAUGGUAUCUCUUCAGAUAUGCCAGAUGGUGCCCACAGAACUCCUGCCUCAGAAGCAAAGUCAGAAACUGGGCAGCCUACCAAGGUUGGACGUUUUCAGGUGACAACUACAGCAGACAAAGUAGGUCGUUUCUCUGUAUCAAGAACUGAAGAUAAGAUCACUGAGGCAAAGAAAGAGGGACCAGUGGCAUCUCCUCCUUUUAUGGAUUUGGAACAAGCUGUUCUUCCUGCUGUGAUACCAAAGAAAGAAAAGCCUGAACUCUCAGAGCCUUCACAUCUGAAUGGGCCAUCUUCUGACUUGGAAGCUGCCUUCCUAAGUAGGGAUGUGGAUGAUGGUUCAGGUAGUCCACGCUCCCCCCAACAACUGAGCUCAAGGAGCCUUCCUAUCCAAAAUCUAAGUCAAAGCCUUAGUAACUCACUCAACUCCUCUUACAUGAGUAGUGACAACGAGUCAGAUAUUGAAGAUGAAGACUUAAAGUUAGAGCUGCGACGACUACGAGAAAAACAUCUCAAAGAGAUUCAAGACCUGCAGAGUCGCCAGAAGCAUGAAAUUGAAUCUUUGUAUACCAAACUGGGCAAGGUCCCCCCUGCUGUCAUUAUUCCCCCAGCUGCCCCGCUUUCAGGGAGAAGAAGGCGACCCACUAAAAGCAAAGGCAGCAAAUCUAGUCGCGUCAGUUCAUUGGGGAAUAAAAGCCCCCAGCCUUCAGGUAAUCUAUCUGGUCAGAGUGCAGCUUCAGUCUUGCACCCUCAGCAAACCCUCCACCCUCCUGGCAACAUCCCAGAGACGGGGCAGAAUCAACUAUUACAGCCCCUUAAGCCAUCUCCCUCCAGUGACAACCUCUAUUCAGCCUUCACCAGUGAGGGUGCCAUUUCAGUACCAAGCCUUUCUGCUCCAGGUCAAGGGACCAGCAGCACAAACACUGUUGGAGGAGCAGUGAACAGCCAAGCCACGCAGGCUCAGCCCCCUGCCAUGACCUCCAGCAGGAAGGGCACAUUCACAGAUGACCUGCACAAGUUGGUGGACAAUUGGGCCCGAGAUGCCAUGAAUCUUUCAGGCAGAAGAGGAAGUAAAGGACAUAUGAAUUACGAGGGCCCUGGGAUGGCAAGGAAGUUCUCUGCACCUGGACAGCUGUGCAUCUCCAUGACCUCGAACCUGGGUGGCUCUGCCCCCCUCCCUGCAGCAUCAGCUACCUCUCUAGGUCACUUCACCAAGUCUAUGUGCCCCCCACAGCAGUACGGUUUCCCAGCCCCCCCCUUUGGCGCUCAGUGGAGUGGGACGGGUGGCCCUGCGCCACAGCCACUCGGGCAGUUCCAGCCUGUGGGAUCUGCCUCCCUACAGAAUUUCAACAUCAGCAACUUGCAGAAAUCCAUCAGCAACCCCCCAGGUUCCAACCUGCGGACCACUUAGACCUAGAGACUUUAACUGAGUAGGGGGCAGAAAGAGAGUGCUGAGUGGUGGGGGUAGGUUUAUACUAACUACUAGUGCUGCAUUUAACUACUUCUUGCCGGAAAGGAAUGUUUUUGAUACCGCUUAGAGCCCUCAGAAUGAAUGGAGAGUCCUCCUCCCCUUGCGCCAUUCAUGAGCAGGACAAGAAGGAAAGAGCGGCUUUCCUGUGGUGGGGCAGCUUCAAGGUGUGCUUUCCUGUUCACCUGCACCCCCAGUGAGGGCCAGGAAGGGGGGCUUUCAUCAGGAAGCGACUAGAGCACUCAAGGGAGAACCAAACCCCAUCUGUAUUUUCAAGUGGGUGGCGCUCUUAAUUUUGGUAUCCACCCUAAGCCCCUUAUUCCCUUAAGAAUGUAAGCCACGAGGCAAAAAAGGUAUUGGGCUCUCUCCUACCCUGUUUCUCCACUUUUCCCCUUUCUCUUCUUUCUUUUUUCUCUCUUUAGAACCCAGUGAAAAACACCAGGAGACUGAGGUUUCAGCCCUUUCUUAUGAUAGGUCAUUAGUGCUUUAAGCAAAUGAUAUUAGCAGCUUUGACUGCAGCAUUAGCAACUAGGAAAAAAAAGUUCCCUGCGGACAUGUAACUUUGCCAUCAGUUUUGAUGUGGAAACACUGUGAUAUAUAAAUGUUGUUGGACAACAGUAGUUUUAAGAUGAAAAUAUGAAAGAUUUAAAAGGUUGAAAAAAAAAAAGCUAGCUCUAGCCUUUACUUAUUGAGACACUUUAACUUUUUCCUUUGUAUUUCCAUUGUAUUAGAUAAAUAAAUGUGAAUGUAAAAUUGUAUAAAUUACGUACUUGAAUACUUCUGUUCUCCCAGUAUUGCUUGCUGGAUAUUUUAGUGCCUUGGACUUCUAUUGCUUUUGCCAUUAGCAUCAACUUCUCAUCAGACCCCAGAUCAGCAAAGGGCAUGUGGAAGGAAUUCUAAGGUCCAUGUGACCCCAGCAGCGGGUUAUGCCAAAGGGAAAUUGAGAGAGUAUUUUUUUUAAGUCAUUCAACAAUUUUGCUAGAGCAGGUGUAAGGUGAGCAGAGUGAGAAGUUAAAUUGACAUCAGUGGUUGAAAGUAGGAAGUUCUGUUUCAGGAACAGUGACAAGGGGUGCUGUAACAAAACUGGGCGAUUUAAAAGAUUAAAG